GGGCCCACCCCCGCUUCGCACCGCCCCUGCCCUCCCUCGGUCCCCUAGGAAACGCCCCUUCCUCGGUGGCAAGCCCUCUCCCUGGAAGCCAAUCGUCUCUCAGGAACGGUGCCACGUGAUCACACGCUCCGGCCCGCCCCCCAAGCGCGAACUGGCCAAUCCUCUUGCUGAAGUGGGAAUGGCCCAAUCAAGUCUCUCCGCCUAGCCUUCGGGACACCGGAUUUCCAUCUGUCCCCUGGGAAGAAAGAGAGGUGCGGAUUGGGUUACGCCGCCGGAAGCGGGGCGGAACUUUGUUGUGGCGACCGAUUGUUUCAUUAUGGAUGGAGGGGAUGAUGGUAAUCUUGUUAUCAAAAAGAGGUUUGUGUCCGAGGCAGAACUAGAUGAACGGCGUAAAAGGAGGCAAGAAGAAUGGGAGAAAGUUCGAAAACCUGAAGAUCCAGAAGAAUGUCCAGAGGAGGUUUAUGACCCUCGGUCUCUAUAUGAAAGGCUACAGGAACAGAAAGACAGGAAGCAGCAGGAGUAUGAGGAGCAGUUCAAAUUCAAAAAUAUGGUAAGAGGCUUAGACGAAGAUGAGACGAACUUCCUUGAUGAGGUUUCUCGGCAGCAGGAACUCCUGGAAAAGCAACGAAGAGAAGAAGAACUGAAAGAACUAAAGGAAUAUAGAAGUAAUCUCAACAAAGUUGGAAUUUCUCCAGAAAAUAAGAAGGAGGUGGAGAAGAAAGUGGCUGUGAAACCCAUAGAAACCAAGAACAAGUUCUCCCAGGCAAAGCUGUUGGCAGGAGCCGUGAAACAUAAGAGUUCAGAGAGUGGCAACAGUGUGAAAAGACUGAAAUCGGACCCUGGCCCAGAUGACAAGAGUCAAGAAGCCCCGUCCUGCGUGUCUCUUGGCAGCACAUCCCUGAGUGCCCCUUCCAUCCACUGCCCGUCCGCUGCAGUCUGCAUCGGCAUCCUCCCAGGCUUGGGCGCCUACUCCGGGAGCAGUGACUCUGAGUCCAGCUCAGACAGUGAAGGCACUAUCAACGCCACUGGCAAGAUUGUCUCCUCCAUCUUCCGAACCAACACCUUCCUCGAGGCCCCCUAGCUCCUGUGUCCUUCAGAGCUCCUGCCCAAGAGUAGACCGGAUGGUUCGUUCUGCCUCCGGGUAUUACCUCCCUCGGAACUCCUUUGCCCGCUUCCUGUGCACACCAUGACGUUUUUAACCUUAUCUAAAAGUGUGCCAGAAUCUACCUGUGGCCCAGCUUGUGUUUGGUUUCUUUCUACUCCAGUGCAGAUGUCCAAACCUGUCCUGCCACCUCCUUCCUCACUGCUGCGGUGGGGGCCCGGGCUCAGCAGAAAUUCCACUGAAAAUGCCCUGGGAACACAGGCACCCGCUGGUGUGCCAAGUGUUUGGAUUGUGUUGCUUCUUGUUUUCUUCUUUUUUUUUUUCUUGCCCGACAGCACAGAGAAGCAAGGGCAGUUAUUGGACAGGUAUCAUUUAAACUUUCGAUUCUAGCUGAACACACCAUGUGGUUGUACUGCGUUGUGGAGCAUGUCAGGGGGUGGGGGGAGGAGGGGCCCAGGUGAUGAACUGGUGCGCUCCUUUGGAACUAACCAAUUCUUGAUGUUGUGUGAUUAAGUAAAGAUUAUAAACUACA